AGUUCUGCUGUGUGUUACUUGUGUGGUGGAUAUCAUAUGACAUAUGUUCAAUAAUGCAAUGAGUUUACAUCCAAACUUGUAUAUAAAAGAAAUAAGAAACCCCCUUAACACAAUGUUUCGGUAUUAUGCAAACUUUAUCCAUUAUAAAAAUUUGAGCUUACAGUCUGAACGGUGACUAAUGAAGGAGAACAUACAAAAUAGAGGGAAUCUUCAGACCUAUGUUUGUUCCUCUGAUAGUUCAUUCUCACUUUCUAUUUCUCGCUUAUCAGUUUUAUCAAGUUUUAAAAAAGGAAAAACAUGUUCACUCAUUCAUUUGUCAGAUUUGCUGCCUUGUCCCCGGGAGAUUAACCCCAAUCUUAAUUAUCAAGUGAGGCUAUUAAAAAAAAACAGUUUCAGGACAGAAUGUACAGAAUUGAAACGCUUUAAUGUCUCCUCCACAUCCAUAUAUUCUUUUAAAAAAAAUACACCCUUCAGUCAGCUGAAUUAAUACUUCUGUUUUCCCAAGAUUCACACUAUGAACUCGAUGAAUUUCUGCGGGACGUCCGGCGGCGGUGUGUACCUGCACGGCGUCAACUCCAUGCUGUUCGACCUGCACCACCAGAUGGCGGAGCAGUACCACGCGUACUCCGCCGCGGGGCCCGCGGUCCACAACCUCUCUGUGGCCGAGAGGCUGGCAGAGCUGAUUCUGGAGGCUCGCUAUGGGAACCAGCAGAAGCAGCGGCGCAGCCGCACGGCGUUCACCGUGUCCCAGUUGCAGGCUCUGGAGAAAGCCUUCCAACAGACGCAGUACCCAGAUGUCGGCAUGAGAGAGAGGCUGGCUGUUUGCAUCAACCUGCCCGAGGCUCGCAUUCAGGUGUGGUUCAAGAACAGGAGGGCAAAGUUUCGUAAAGAUCAGAAGUGCUCCUCGCUCUCCAGAGACAGCAGUCUGGAGGAGACGUCGCAUCGCAGGAAGGUGGGACCGGAGGAAGCCGAGACUGAAGACAAACAGGACGUCGUCACAUCAUGCACCGACAGCAACAUCCCUCCUCGACCUCCUCCUCCUCCUCAUGUUAGGGAUGUUUGCCCUCCUCUCGCUGCCUCAGACUCUGAAAUCUCACGGAGCUCGCUCCGACUUCACUCCCCUCCACUUUUCCCUUUCAUGAGGGGGGAGCGCUUCAGCCACCCACCUCACCCGCCUGUUGUGGGAGUGCUGUCCACCGAGCUCGCCCUCCCACCGGUGUUCUGGCCCAUCAUACAACAGCACGGCUCGGCCCUGGGGGUUCCACCAUCGUCAGUGACUAAAAACUGUAGCCUGUCCCUUCAGACCGCUUGUUCCAGUAAAGCCGUACUUCACCAUCACCUGGGGCUGUAAUGGACUUGUACACCUGGCAAACACGGCCAGAAGUUUCCCUUUCUGGUGGAACACCUGAAGAAAUCCUGUGUGGGAGAAGAAAGGGCAAUAAAGGCAAAGAGGCACCUACUGCCUUGUUCGUGCACAACAGACAGUGAAAAGAAUAUGAUUUUUUAUAAGAAGCAUCUUACUGAAUGCCUGUCUGUCUAAAGCAAUGCAUAAGCUGUACAGUCACAUAUUUUCAGAGGAAGACAAAGUCUAAUUUGGGUCUGCUUUAAAUAACAGCUAUAGUUUGGUUUCAGCUUGCCCGGGGUUAUGAGUUUGCUGAAAGGAGGCGGUUGUUUGUUCCAUCACAGACAACAAGCCAAAAAGCGGCGUUAGCACCACAUUUAAAGAUUCUCUCCUUCAGCAUUAUUUAGCAGGCGACAGUGCCAAGAAGCUACAUGGUAAUAAUGACGAGAGAAAAGCUCCUCAUCGUAACGAAGCACUGUAAAAAUACAAAUGUGAAAUAAACUUAUUUGUGCUAAAUUUCCUGUUUACUAGAUGUUUGUUGUCACACCGGUAACACACGUACAAUCAUGUGAAAAGCUUGUUGACAGAAGAAAAGGAAAACCAGGAAAUCUUCAUGUCUGAGAUAUAUGAAAAACUGAGAGUUUAUUCCUAUCAACCAACCAGUUGAUUAAUUGUAAAAUCAUUAAAUUGACAUUUUUAUUAUAGAUUGAGUGAAAUCUUCAGUUUGUGAUGGAAAAGAUGAACAAAGCGUCAAUAGUUGUUAAAUAAAUGUGGUUUAAAUUCCACAUCAGUUUAAAAACAAAUCCGUGUGUCAU